AAGCUUUGAUAAUUCACUCAUUUGAAAGAAAAUAUCACUUGAGAAAAAAUUAUGGAUAUCAUCUUUGAACAAGCUUUGUUCCCUCUAUUUUGCUUUGUCUUAUCAUUUUUCAUAAUCUUCUUCACUACAACAAGACCCCGGAGCUCUCGCAAGGUCGUUCCAUCUCCGCCGGGACCUCCGCGACUGCCCAUCAUCGGAAACAUUCACCUUGUCGGUAGAAACCCACACCAUUCAUUCGCUGACCUCUCAAAAACAUAUGGACCAAUCAUGAGCCUUAAAUUUGGAAGUUUAAACACAGUGGUCGUAACUUCACCUGAGGCUGCAAGAGAGGUUCUAAGAACAUACGACCAAAUCCUCUCUAGCCGUACCCCCACUAACUCGAUACGGUCCAUUAAUCACGACAAGGUUUCCGUUGUCUGGCUUCCACCAUCGUCGUCUCGUUGGAGACUUUUGAGAAAACUGUCGGCGACUCAGCUCUUCUCGCCUCAGCGUAUCGAAGCCACGAAAACGUUGAGGGAGAACAAGGUGAAGGAACUCGUGAGCUUCAUGAGUGAAAGCAGCGAGAGAGAAGAAGCUGUUGAUAUAUCUCGUGCUACCUUCAUCACUGCUCUUAAUAUCAUAUCAAACAUUCUGUUUUCUGUCGAUCUCGGUAACUACGACUCGAAUAAAUCCGGUGUGUUUCAAGACACGGUGAUUGGUGUCAUGGAAGCUGUCGGGAAUCCAGACGCUGCUAACUUCUUUCCAUUUCUGGGGUUCCUUGAUCUGCAAGGUAAUAGAAAGACUCUGAAGGCUUGUUCCGAGAGAUUGUUUAAGGUUUUCCGUGGGUUCAUUGAUGCUAAAUUAGCGGAAAAAUCAUUGCGGGAUACUAACUCUAAAGAUGUCCGGGAGAGAGAUUUUGUGGAUGUGCUUCUCGAUCUUACCGAAGGAGAUGAAGCAGAGCUCAACACUAACGAUAUUGUACACCUUCUCUUGGACCUGUUUGGAGCGGGCACAGACACAAACUCUAGUACCGUGGAAUGGGCAAUGGCAGAGUUACUUCGAAACCCUGAAACAAUGGUGAAAGCUCAGGCUGAGAUCGACUGUGUGAUUGGUCAGAAAGGUGUUGUUGAAGAGUCUGAUAUCUCGGCACUUCCCUAUCUACAAGCAGUGGUGAAGGAAACUUUCCGGUUACAUCCGGCUGCUCCGCUACUAGUCCCCCGAAAAGCUGAAUCAGAUGUGGAGGUUCUUGGGUUCAUGGUGCCUAAAGACACUCAGGUAUUUGUGAACGUGUGGGCCAUAGGAAGAGACCCGAACGUGUGGGAGAAUUCGUCCCGGUUUAAGCCAGAGAGGUUUUUAGGGAAAGAUAUCGACCUGAGAGGUAGAGAUUAUGAGCUUACACCAUUCGGAGCCGGACGUAGAAUAUGCCCGGGAUUGCCUUUGGCUGUGAAAACAGUGCCUCUUAUGCUUGCUUCUCUUCUUUAUUCAUUUGACUGGAAGCUUCCAAACGGUGUCGGUUCAGAGGAUUUGGACAUGGACGAGACUUUCGGUCUCACAUUGCACAAGACCAACCCGUUACAUGCCGUACCCGUCAAGAAACGUGGCCGUAAUUAGCCAUUUAGUAUAAGUUUUCUUUAAAGUACAAAUAUGCUUUUCUUAUCGGUUGACAUAAGAUGCAAUUUCAUGCUCUGAUUUUACGAUUCUAUUCUUCAGAUUCUAUAGUUCGUUUACCUAUAUUCUCUCUUCGAUUUCAUCUUCGAAUUUCAUGAGUUGUUGAUCCAUCUUUGGCUCCAAAUUGUUCGACGUUUUGAUUUGUUGCUUUGUCGUUGCUCUUCGACAAAUUGAGCGAUGGAAGUUAAUGUUGACUCUUCUUCGACCAAGAUGUAUCCUGAGAACGACGACGGAGAUGGCUAGAGAGAGAGAGAGUGACAGAAUAAAAAAUAUCGAUUAGGUUAGAGACGAACUACAUGUUGCCGGAAUUUCAGGCCUCGGAGUCAUGAUGUUGGAGCUUCUCUCCGAUAAGGACCAGCAAUCAAUUGGCGAUAGAGAGAGAGAGAGAGAGAGAUUGAGGAGGUGGCUUUUGCGUUUCCGGUGAAGAGUGUGGCUUUUGCAUUUACAGAGAGGUGGCGCCUGGCGGCGUUGGAUUGAUGACAUCAUCAAAGCCCUUUUGCACAACAAAGCCCAACAAAAGGAACAGAAUUUUCAGCCCAUACGAACUGUUAAUCCUA